AGUGCGGGCGGCGGGCAGCGCAGAGUGAGAGGCUCUUUUGUUCGGCUGAGGGGAGGGCCGUUGGCCGGGCCUGCAGUACGCGUCUUCAGCUAGAGGCGCAACUGCAGCCACACUGCUUCUUUCCCUGAGUGCUGCUCCCUCUGACCUCCCGACUCAACGCGCCUGUGGCGCGGCACCAAUUCCUGUCGGACACUUGGGCGCUGCUGUGAGCAGCGUCACCCUUUAUACCAGAAAGCUGGCGGGUACUAUGGGGAAGAAACAAAACAAGAAGAAAGUGGAGGAGGUGUUAGAAGAAGAGGAAGAGGAGUAUGUGGUGGAAAAAGUUCUCGAUCGACGAGUUGUCAAGGGCAAAGUGGAAUACCUUCUGAAGUGGAAGGGUUUCUCAGAUGAGGACAACACAUGGGAACCAGAAGAGAACCUGGAUUGCCCUGACCUCAUUGCUGAGUUUCUACAGUCACAGAAAACAGCACACGAAACAGAUAAAUCCGAGGGAGGCAAGCGCAAAGCUGAUUCUGAUUCUGAAGAUAAGGGAGAAGAGAGCAAACCAAAGAAGAAGAAAGAGGAGUCAGAAAAGCCACGAGGCUUUGCCCGGGGUUUGGAGCCAGAGCGGAUUAUUGGAGCCACAGACUCCAGUGGAGAGCUCAUGUUCCUGAUGAAAUGGAAAAAUUCUGAUGAGGCUGACCUGGUCCCUGCCAAGGAAGCCAAUGUCAAGUGCCCACAGGUUGUCAUAUCCUUCUAUGAGGAAAGGCUGACGUGGCAUUCCUACCCCUCAGAGGAUGAUGACAAAAAAGACGACAAGAAUUAACUCUCUUGAGUUCCAGCCCCUGUCACCUCUGAUUGUGGGUUUCAAGUGGGGAGGGAAGGAGUUCUACUUGUCUUGACACCAUAGAGGUGGCUUGAGAAGAUGUCCUUUGAAGAGCCAGCAUAGUUUCUGUGCCCUGCAGCAGCCCAAGUGCUUUAAAGAGUUCCAAACUGUAUAGUUUGCACGCCCAUCCCAGUGGAGGGGAAAGGGAUGAGUGUUUCAAGGCAGCCAGUUCUGCACUUUGCUGAGAAAGCAGAGGGCCUUCUAUGAAGGACAAAACCUGCAGAACUGGUGUGUGGGAGAGCAAAAAGAUACUGUUGAUCUUCAAAGAGCAUCUCCACAACCCACAGCCUUCUUCCCAAUAGUGUUAACUGCAUUUUUACAGCGUAGCAUGUGUGUAGUUUUUGGCUAUUAAGGUGUAUUAAUUGGGGGUGGGAGGGAUGGGGCAGGGAGGAAGGGAGAUGGGUAGAACUGUUUUGGUUAAAAUUUGGGGCUGAUUGGGGGAAACAGUGAAACAAUGGGAAGAACAGCUAACUAACGAUUUGGUUCUAUGUCCAGAAUACUUUGCCUUUUCAAAAAAUUUCAUUGGCACCGUAAAUGAGGACUGUGAGAAACUGCUUAAAAAGCUGUGAACACUGAAACUUACAAGCCAAGGUGUCCCUACCUGAGCUUAACAUAAAGGACAAAGCCAGUUCCUGAGAUACCAAAGCUGCCAUUUUGGAGAUGGAAACUGACUGAAGAGGGAAAGUUUUUUAUUGGAGAGUCUAGAGGCAGACCGUUCUGCCUUAGAGGUGCUAAUUCUUGAAAUUAGAGAAAAAGACCCUUUUCCAAUUAUGAGGUUAUAAAUAUCAAUUUGUCCAUCUAAACCACUGGCUGGAAUAUCGCAGGAGGGACUGAGGGGGCCUGGGUGAUAGGAGAGGAGGGCUGUGUUCUUAGGGUGAAAACUCUUGGAGCCUCUGGGGUUUUGUGUUUUGGUGGUUUUUUUUUUUUUUUCAGCUUCGAACCCUAAAACUCCGACUGGCAGGGUUCAGUUACUGACAGCACAAAUUUCAUUGAGUCAAUUCUAGAGUUGAAUGAUUUCUGAAGCCCUGGUCUCAGGAGAUUAACUUUCAUACUGGGGUAGUGGUUCACUUGAAAACACAAAAUCUUCAGAUUAAUUGAUGUCCAAAUGCUCUGUCUUGAAUCAUGAGAUCCAUCAGUUCUUGGUAUCAUCUAGACCUGCGUCUAGGUCUGCAUUGUAAAAUCUUUUUAGGCAUGUGUUAGAUAUCUGAAAAUUUUGUUUAAAUGUAAACUUCAUACUGUACUGUCAGGUUUUGUCUUAAUAAAACUAUAGAUUUAUAAUCCUUGAA